CCGGCCGCCGUAGCCAAGCGAGGAUUCUACGAGAAGGGUUGAGAAGUGGGAGUCGUUCACGGUAGUUAAGUGUAUCUUUUCGGAACUUCUGUUGAGUCAGGAGAAAAACAGCCUAUAGGUCCUGACUCCCCAGCAACAAGAGAUCACUUGAGGGAAGAAGGAAGAGGUUACAGGACUUGACUAUUGUCAUGUUUGGGUACACCUUUGAUGGGAGGCUGAAAUUUCUGAACAGAAAUUAGAGCUGAUACAGAAAACACAGACAAAGCAUCUCCAGUUACUGGCAAUGUUUCAAGAACAAAAGAAAAUGGUGAUGGCUCAGGAGUCACUGACAGUCAGCGAUGUGUUUGUGAAGUUCACCUGGGAGGAAUGGCAGAUCCUGGACCCUGCUCAGAAGGACCUGUUCUGGAAUGUGAUGUUGGAGAACUAUAGCAACCUGGUGUCCAUUGGGUGUCGAGUUAGCAAACCAGAUGUGCUCUCCAGGUUGGAACAAGAACAACCGUGGACUAUAUUAGAUGAAAGCCAUAGUGGAACCUUUUCAGAAACCUGGAGAGUUGAUGAUCAUCUGCUUGGGCACUUGCAAAAUGAAAGCAAGGUGGACAGAAUGGAGCAAUGCUAUGAACAUAAUACAUUGGAAAAUAUUGUUCGUCGUCAAAGAAAUCAGUUUCCUUUAAGGGAAAAUAAUGGUAUGUUUGACUUACAUGGAAAAGCUGUGAAAUCAAAUUUAACUUUACCAGCAUUCAACCAGAGCAGAAGCAAUGCAAUAAAGAACUCUGCUGAGCUUAAUGGAUAUGAGAAAACCUUUCUUCCUGCAGACCAUGAGCAAUGUUGUACUGAAGUGAAAUUCCGUGAGAGUCAGAAAUCCAGUAGUACUAAGUCCCAACUCAUUCAGCAUCAGAAAACUCACAAAACAGAGAAACCACAUGUAUGUAGUACAUGUGAGGAAGCCUUCAUCAGGAAGUCUUUCCUUACUGAGCAUCAGAUCAUUCAUACCGGAGAGAAACCCUGUAGAUGCAGUCUAUGUGGGGAAACCUUCUUUAAAAAGUUCAAGCUCAUUGAACAUCAUCACACAACUCAUAAAGGACAAAAACCAUAUAAAUGCACAGAAUGUGACAAAGCCUAUCUCCGUAAGUCACACCUCAAUAAACAUCAGGAAACUCAUAUGGGAGAGAAAUCUUAUAUAUGUAGUGAAUGUGGAAAAGGCUUUAUGCAUAAAGUAGGUCUCACUGUUCAUCAGCGAACUCAUACUGGAGAGAAACCCUAUAUAUGCAGUACAUGUGGAAAGGGCUUCAUCCGGAAAGAUGAUCUCACUGUUCAUCAGCAAACUCAUACUGGAGAGAAACCCUAUAUAUGCACUACAUGUGGAAAAGGCUUCAUCCGGAAAAAUGUUCUCGCUGUUCAUCAGCGAACUCAUACUGGAGAGAAACCCUAUAUAUGCACUACAUGUGGAAAAGGCUUCAUCCAGAAAUAUGAUCUCACUGUUCAUCAGCGAACUCAUACUGGAGAGAAACCCUAUUUAUGCAGCGCAUGUGGUAAAGGCUUCAUCCAGAAGAGAGAUCACACUAUUCAUCAGCGAACUCAUACUGGAGAGAAACCCUAUAUAUGCAGUACGUGUGGAAAAGGCUUCAUCCGGAAGGGAAAUCUCACUGUUCACCAGCGAACUCAUACUGGAGAGAAACCCUAUCUAUGCAGUGCGUGUGGUAAAGGGUUCAUCCGGAAGAGAAAUCUCACUAUUCAUCAGCUAACUCAUACUGGAGAGAAACCCCACGUAUGCAGUGAAUGUGGAAAAGGAUUCAUCCAUAAAGUAGAUCUCACUGUUCAUCAGCGAACUCAUACUGGAGAGAAACCCUACAUAUGCAGUGAAUGUGGAAAAGGCUUCAUCCGUAAAAAUGAUCUCACUCUUCAUCAGCGAAUUCAUACUGGAGAGAAACCCUAUAUUUGUAGAGAAUGUGGAAAAGGCUUCACCCGGAAAGGAAAUCUCAUUAUUCAUCACCGAGUUCAUACUGGAGAGAAACCCUAUGUAUGUGAUGAAUGUGGUAAAGCCUUCAGUCAGAAGAUGUGCCUCAUAGCACAUCAGAGAUUUCACACAGGAAUGACUCCUUUUUUAUGCAGUGAAUGUGGAAAAUUUUAUUCUCAGAAGUCAAGUCUCAUUGUACAUCAGAAAAUUCACACGGGCGAGAAACCCUUUAAAUGUGGUGAAUGUGAGAAAGCCUUCGACAAGAAGCCAAAGCUUAUUGUACAUCAAAGAUCUCAUAGGAGAGACACCAUAUGGCUGCAAUGAGUAUGGAGAAACUUUUGCCUGUAUAUCUUCCCUUUUUCACAUAAAAGAAUACACACUAGAGAGAAACAUGUAUGUUCAGUCAAGGUGGAAGACCCUUCCACAGUGAGGCGCAUACCAGUGAUCUCAUGCAAGAG